AUGCCCAUCAUUGCAGGGAAGUCAAGUCAGCAGAAACUUGAAGCAUCUGGGUACAUUGCAUCACAGGCAGGAAGCAAAAGUCAGCAGCAGCUGUUGGAGACCCAGCGGCGGCGCAUAGAAGAGCUGGAGGGCCAGUUGGACCAGCUCACCCAGGAGAACCGCGACCUGCGGGAGGAGAGCCAGCUGCACCGUGGGGAACUGCACCGGGACCCCCUUGGCGCGCGGGAUAGUCCUGGCCGCGAGAGCCAGUACCAGAACCUGCGUGAGACCCAGUUCCACCACCGCGAGCUGCGGGAGAGCCAGUUCCACCAGGCGUCCCGGGACGUGGGCUACCCGAACCGGGAUGGCGCUUACCAGAACCGGGAAGCUAUCUAUCGGGAUAAGGAGCGAGAAGCCUCUUAUCAGCUCCAGGACACUACCGGUUACACAGCCCGCGAGCGCGACGUGGCCCAGUGCCACCUGCACCAUGAGAACCCAGCCCUGGGUCGCGAGCGUGGCGGGAGGGAGGCUGGGCCAGCGCACCCGGGCCGCGAGAAGGAAGCCGGCUAUUCCGCGGCGGUGGGCGUGGGGCAGCGGCCACCGCGGGAGCGGGGCCAGUUGAGUCGUGGCGCAUCCCGAAGCUCCAGCCCUGGCGCGGGCGGAGGUCACAGCACCAGUACCAGCACCAGCCCGGCUACAACCCUCCAGAGAAAAUCUGAUGGUGAGAAUUCCAGAACAGUCAGUGUGGAGGGUGAUGCCCCAGGCAGUGACCUGAGCACAGCGGUUGAUAGUCCUGGGAGCCAACCCCCCUACCGCCUGAGCCAGCUGCCCCCCACCAGCAGCCACAUGGGGGGCCCCCCUGCUGGGGUGGGCCUUCCUUGGGCUCAGAGGGCACGCCUCCAGCCGGCCAGUGUCGCCCUGAGGAAGCAGGAGGAGGAGGAGAUAAAGCGCUCCAAGGCCCUGUCAGACAGCUAUGAACUCUCCACAGACCUGCAGGACAAGAAGGUGGAAAUGCUGGAGAGGAAGUAUGGGGGCUCCUUCCUGAGCCGCAGGGCUGCCAGGACCAUCCAGACAGCCUUUCGCCAGUACCGUAUGAAUAAGAACUUUGAGCGGCUGCGCAGCUCAGCUUCAGAGAGCCGCAUGUCCCGCCGCAUCAUCUUGUCCAACAUGCGGAUGCAGUUCUCCUUUGAGGAGUACGAGAAAGCACAGAACCCUGCAUACUUCGAGGGCAAGCCUGCCUCAUUGGAUGAGGGUGCCAUGGCUGGCGCCCGGAGCCACCGGCUUGAACGGGGCCUCCCCUAUGGAGGCUCCUGUGGUGGGGGCAUCGAUGGUGGUGGAAGUUCAGUCACCACAUCUGGAGAGUUUUCUAAUGACAUCACAGAGCUGGAGGACUCCUUCUCCAAACAGGUAAAGUCUCUAGCUGAAUCCAUUGAUGAGGCCCUGAACUGCCAUCCAUCCGGGCCUAUGUCUGAGGAGCCAGGGUCAGCCCAACUGGAGAAGCGGGAAUCAAAGGAACAGCAAGAAGACAGCUCAGCCACAUCCUUCAGUGACCUCCCCCUCUACUUGGAUGACCCAGUUCCUCCUCCAUCACCUGAGCGACUGCCCAGCACAGAGCCCCCACCCCAAGGCCGCCCUGAGUUCUGGGCACCAGCUCCCCUACCACCAGUUCCUCCACCAAUGCCACCAGGGACCCGGGAAGAUGGUAGCCGUGAGGAAGGCACUCGAAGGGGUCCUGGGUGCUUGGAGUGCCGGGAUUUCCGGCUCCGGGCUGCACACCUCCCUCUCCUCACCAUUGAGCCUCCCAGUGACAGUUCUGUAGACCUGAGUGACCGCUCAGAUCGCGGCUCUGUCCACCGCCAGCUGGUGUAUGAGGCUGAUGGCUGCAGUCCCCAUGGGACCCUGAAGCACAAGGGGCCACCAGGCAGGGCCCCAAUCCCACACCGCCACUACCCUGCCCCUGAGGGUCCAGCUCCAGCCCCACCAGGGCCCCUGCCACCAGCCCCCAAUAGUGGUACUGGGCCCAGUGGUGUGGCUGGAGGUCGGAGGUUGGGGAAAUGUGAGGCAGCAGGUGAAAACUCUGAUGGUGGAGACAAUGAGAGCCUUGAGAGCUCCAGCAACUCUAAUGAGACUAUCAACUGCAGCUCUGGCUCCUCCUCUCGGGAUAGCCUGAGGGAACCUCCAGCCACUGGCCUGUGCAAGCAGACUUACCAGCGGGAGACGAGGCACAGCUGGGACUCGCCAGCUUUCAACAAUGAUGUGGUACAAAGGCGGCAUUACAGAAUUGGCCUCAACCUCUUCAAUAAGAAGCCAGAGAAGGGUAUCCAGUAUUUGAUCGAGCGAGGCUUCCUGUCUGACACUCCUGUGGGGGUGGCUCACUUCAUCCUGGAGCGGAAAGGCCUGAGCCGGCAGAUGAUAGGGGAAUUCCUGGGGAACCGGCAGAAGCAGUUCAACAGAGAUGUGUUGGACUGUGUGGUGGAUGAGAUGGACUUCUCCUCUAUGGAUUUGGACGAUGCACUCAGGAAGUUCCAAUCCCAUAUCCGAGUUCAGGGUGAGGCCCAGAAAGUGGAGCGACUCAUUGAAGCUUUCAGCCAGCGGUACUGUGUCUGUAACCCUGCCCUCGUACGCCAGUUCCGGAACCCAGACACCAUCUUCAUCCUUGCUUUUGCCAUCAUCCUCCUCAAUACCGAUAUGUACAGCCCCAGUGUCAAGGCUGAACGCAAGAUGAAGCUGGAUGACUUCAUUAAGAACCUGAGAGGAGUUGACAAUGGUGAAGACAUCCCCCGGGACCUUCUGGUAGGCAUCUACCAGCGCAUCCAAGGUCGUGAACUGAGGACCAACGAUGACCAUGUGUCCCAGGUGCAGGCUGUGGAGCGCAUGAUUGUUGGCAAGAAACCGGUCCUGUCGCUCCCUCACCGUCGACUGGUUUGCUGCUGCCAGCUCUAUGAGGUGCCAGAUCCAAACCGCCCCCAGAGGCUGGGGCUGCAUCAGCGGGAAGUCUUCCUCUUCAAUGACCUCCUUGUGGUCACCAAAAUUUUCCAGAAGAAGAAGAUCUUGGUGACAUACAGCUUCCGUCAGUCCUUUCCCCUGGUGGAAAUGCAUAUGCAGCUCUUCCAGAAUUCAUAUUAUCAGUUUGGGAUCAAGUUACUGUCUGCGGUACCUGGAGGGGAACGAAAAGUCCUCAUCAUCUUUAAUGCUCCUAGCCUCCAAGACAGGCUACGCUUUACCUCUGACCUGCGGGAGUCCAUUGCUGAGGUGCAGGAGAUGGAGAAGUACCGUGUGGAAUCGGAGCUGGAGAAGCAGAAAGGUAUGAUGCGGCCUAAUGCCUCUCAGCCUGGAGGAGCCAAGGACUCAGUGAAUGGGACUCUGGCCCGCAGUAGUCUGGAGGACACUUAUGGGGCAGGCGAUGGGCUCAAGCGGGGUGCACUCAGUAGUUCCCUGCGAGACCUCUCUGAUGCAGGUAAGUGUUCUGAACCCCUAUUCUGGCUGGGGAGAUAUGGGACCAGGUAUCCUCUUUGCCUCCUGUCACUGGCUGUUAGCCUU